AUGCUUAUUAACGGCAUAAAAUUCGCAUGUAAUACAUGUGUCAAGGGUCAUCGAUCUUCUAACUGUAAUCAUAUUGAACGGCCUCUGUUUGAAAUUCGCAAAAAGGGAAGACCAGUAACUCAAUGCUCAUUUUGCAGAGAUCUCAGAAAAACAAGACAAAUUCACAUUAAAUGUUCAUGCACUGACAAAACUAAAAAUGUUGAAAACACAGCCACAACACAACAGCAGCAAAAGCAGCAGCCAUGUUAUCGGUGCCCAUCAGCCAAAUCCUUUUUUUUAGAAGAUCAAAAUGGUAAUAGUAGCCUUUCCUAUUCAGAUCUGAUUCAAAUCGAUGGCCAACAAGACCCUGUCAUUCCAUCAUCUCUUCUUGAAGGCACUGCUGUUCCUCAUCCUCCUUCUCAGUGUACCUGUCAUGAGACAGCCACAAAGGUACUUUUUACAAAAGAGAAUUGGAGCACAUCAAAUUCGCAGCAACAUCCAUCAGACAAUGCUCCUAUCUUACCUGUCAGAUCUCGGGGCAUGAUACUGGAAGAAAACGCGCCAGGAUUAUACAACUUUCAGAAAUCACAUAGCUCGUCCAGCCUUCGGUUUUUGGGUGGACAAACAAAGAGUCCUAGACGCAGAUCGUCUCUUUCCCGAAGAUCUUCUACUAAUAGCGGCAACAACAGCAGACGAUCUACUAUUUCUCACCCUGUUACCAAUACUACUAUGACAACCGUAUCAGCAACAACUAUGCCCUUUCAGGUAAAUCAACAAGAGGAUGUAAUGAUGGACAUGCAAUCGUUCUUGUUGAAUGAUCAGUAUCGACAAAUCACCGAGAUGGAAUCCGAAAGCGCAGUAGUGAAUAGCAAUAAUUUAUCUGCAUCCAUGACAGGAACAGCUGGUUACAAUGUUUCCUCUGCCUCAUCAACAGCCUCAUCUAAUCUAUCUUAUUCGCCAAAUUCGAUUCAUGCAGACAUGGUGAGCAACGGUGAAUUUCAAGGCCAAUCCUCUGAUGAAUUGGGCAGAUUUAUGAUGACAGACCCUGAUGAACUGACAACACUCUUGAACAAUGUAUUGAUGGAGAACAACAGUGCUGCGUCUUCAGUUGCUGCUGCUAAUAAUAAUGCUAAUAGCAACAAACAAACCAAUCCCACAAGAGCAUCAGCAGGCAUUGAUAUGACGAGAUCAACUACAACAUCUUCAUCUACCUCUCAAUCCCAACAACAACAACAACAGCAGCAGCAACAACAGCAAAUGCUUUGCGGUAGCUAUGCUCCUCAUUUAAAUUGUUCCUCAGCCUCUUCCAUUGUGGAACAACAAGGAGAAUCAGUUGUUAUAACGAUUACGCCACUCUCUAAUCUACUUUCAAAUCAGGAACAGAGGGUGGAAGUAGCCAAGGAAAAGCCAGCAGUGACUCAAGUCGUGACAUGUUACUAUGGCAAAUCAUGCAGCUGUCCUGGAUGUUUUGUCCAUCCUAAUAAUAACUUCCAAGGCUUGUACGAUGGUAACCACAACAGUGAUGUAUCACCUCCAUAUAUGCAGCAGCAACAGCUACUUCAGCUUCAAUACCAACAACAGCAACAACAGCAACAGCAAAUGAACAUGCGCUAUCAAUUACUUUCGAAUAAUUCUUCCCUGUAUAGUUCAGAUGAUGAGGAUCCCUCCAGCCUUCCAUAUCAACCAACGAAUACCGCCAAAUCCUUCUAA